AUGGGAACGCCAACAUUCAUAAUUCCUAUAAUCCUGUUGGCUGCAAUGCUGGUGAUGACUGAUGGAAAAAAGUGUGUGUGCAACGGAAGAUCAAGGUGCCGCUGUGAUGGAGUGAAAGGCAGCAGGGGAGACAAAGGAUUUCCAGGAAAUCCAGGUUCCCCUGGGCCAUCAGGACGUCCUGGACCAGAUGGUCCCACUGGGCCGAUGGGACUAAAGGGAAACACUGGGCAUGAUGGACCAGCAGGACCAAACGGCGAUCCGGGACUUGAAGGCAAAGAGGGGUUUGCUGGGAGUCAUGGCUUACCAGGUGUCCCAGGCUUACAGGGGCCUCCGGGCCCCCCGGGAGCCCCAGGCUGCAAUGGAACAGACGGGGAAGAUGGACCUCCCGGUAUACAUGGGACCUUUGGCCCUGAUGGACUGCCAGGUCCACCGGGUCAGCCUGGACCUAAGGGGAGAAUAGGCCCACCAGGUCCACCUGGACCAAAAGGUCGGAUCAAGGAGCUUGUCUUAGGGGGUUUCGUGUUAGAGGGGAUAAAAGGAGACAAGGGAGAUAUAGGAGAAAAGGGCUGCAAAGGUUCAAUGGGAGAACCUGGUUAUGGACAAUAUAUUAAAGGCGCAAAAGGAGAAAGAGGAUUACCAGGUCCAGAGGGAAAGCCGGGCAAGGAUGGUGAUCCUGGACCAGGUGGAUUUCUGGGAAGACCUGGCCCCAGAGGGGAUCCAGGAUAUCCAGGAGUGCCAGGAGCGCCGACAUAUGUGACUGAGCCAAUCAAAGGAUACAUGGGAGAUCCUGGUCCUCAGGGCCCACCUGGACUUCCUGGGCCUCGAGGUAUUGCGGGCUUUCCUGGACCACGAGGACCUCCAGGAUUAGGUAUUGAUGUGCCUGGCCUACGUGGUCCCAAGGGCUUUCCAGGCCUAAAAGGUGAUCCUGGGGAGCCUGGGGGUGAUUAUAUCGGACCUCCGGGUCCAGAUGGAGAGCCUGGUGACCAAGGACCUCCUGGAGAUCAGGGCCCACCUGGAAUCCCUGAAGACAGAACUAACAGAGUUACCAAGGGUCUGCCAGGAAUUAAAGGAGUGAAUGGAUUGCCUGGACUCAUGGGAUACGAUGGGUUGUUUGGAAUGAAAGGACAAAAGGGGGAUCCCUGUUAUGAGUGUACUGGAUCAGGAUUUCCAGGACCACCAGGUCCCCGGGGUGAAACUGGCCCUCCUGGCUUCAAUCAGCCUCAAGGUGAUAAAGGUGAUCCCGGUUUCCCAGGAUCUAAAGGCUUACCAGGAAGACCUGGUCCAAUUGGUGAAGCAGGUUUUCCAGGUCGAAAAGGAGAGAAGGGAGAGUCAUAUUCCUUUGGUGCUCCUGGGCCAAAGGGAGAAAAAGGGGACCAGGGACAGCUUGGGAGGCCUGGGGAUCCGGGUUUACCUGGGCUUCCAGGAUUGCCAGGUCGCAAAGGCAAUCCAGGGCCUCCAGGGGAUCCGUAUUUCUUCUCUGGUGAAACGGGAGGCCGUGGAGUCCAAGGCCCACCAGGCCCUUUAGGCAGACCAGGACCAGACGGCUACUCUGGGCCAGUGGGUUAUGGACCUGCUGGGCCUCCAGGAAUGAAAGGAGAUAAUGGGGUACCUGGCUUUCCAGGGCUGCCAGGAAUUCCAGGAGAAAAGGGGGAACCUGGAGUCAUAUACAGUAAAGGACUUCCUGGCCCACCUGGAUUGAAAGGUUGGCCAGGUUCACCUGGAAGCCCAGGUCAUCCAGGGGCUCCAGGUCUUCUAGGACCACCAGGUAUACCAGGCCAGAAAGGAGAACGUGGCCCAUUGUCAUUUCCUGGAAUGCCAGGGAAACAAGGACAGAAAGGUGACAAGGGCCAACCAGGUUUCCCAGGCCCUCCAGGUAGAGGUUCCCCAGGUCAGCCAGGCCGAGAAGGCCCUCCUGGUCCUCCAGGACCAAAGGGUGAUAGCAACCUUGGACACCCUGGGCCUCCAGGCUUCCCAGGGCUUCCAGGUGAAGAUGGAGAUCCAGGGCCUGCAGGUGAUCCUGGGAAUCCUGGCUUACCUGGAUAUCCAGGUCUAACUGGCAGUCCUGGUUUUCCAGGAGAAAAGGGAGUAAAGGGUUCUGAAGGGCUUCCAGGGCUACCUGGUAGCAAAGAAUCAUGUAAAGGCUUGCCUGGGCCAAGUGGAGAACCAGGACCAAGUGGUUAUGAAGGACCUCAAGGACCUAAUGGCUUUCCUGGUGAGAAGGGAAAUCAAGGUUUGCCUGGGUUUGGUCUUCCUGGCCCUGCUGGUGAACCUGGGUUCCCUGGGCCAUCAAGACCAGGUUCACAAGGACAUCAUGGACAAAAAGGAAUCAAAGGACAAAAUGGCCUACCUGGUCAACCAGGACCCAGAGGAGACCCUGGACCAGAUGGAUUGCCAUCGGGAUAUGGACCAGAUGGGUUGCCUGGAAUUGUAGGUCCACCAGGUCAAAGAGGUGACCCUGGCCCAGAUGGGCCUAGAGGUCCUCCAGGCCCCCCAGGUAUGAAUGGAGACCAAGGUCCCAAAGGUGCCCCAGGAGCUCCAUCACCACAAAAUUAUACUGUGAACUCAGGGGACCCUGGUCCACCAGGUAACCAUGGACUGGCUGGUCCAAGUGGAGAUCCUGGCAGAAAUGGAUCAAAAGGGUGGAGAGGAAAAGUGGGAGCACCAGGGGAUCCUGGACCAAGAGGCUCACCAGGUGGUCCAGGGUUGGAUGGAUUAUUAACAUCACCAGGGUUUAAAGGACAUCCUGGAGCUCCAGGAGAUGCAGGGCUGAGGGGGCCUCCAGGGCCAAAGGGAAUAAAAGGAGAUCGAGGAAUACCGGGAAAACCAGGGCGAGAUGGUGAUCAGGGUAAAACUGGUUUCAAAGGAGCUACUGGGGAACCAAAGUACAAUGGACAUGGACCACCUGGACCAGCAGGCCAAAAGGGUGAACCGGGAUUGACUAAUACUAAUUUGAUGAAGGGUCAGAAAGGACAACCUGGAAUUGCAGGAACAGAGGGUUUACCAGGAAUUUUUGGACUCAAGGGGGACCCAGGACCUACUGGACUAAAUGGUCCCUCAGGGUCUCAAGGGCCAGAAGGGUCAGAUGGCCCUCCAGGUAGCAAAGGGCAACGCGGACCUAUUGGACCACAAGGUAAUGUGGGUCCAACAGGAAAUAGAGGAUUUCCAGGUCCGAAAGGCAGCCAGGGCUUGGAUGGGAUUCCUGGCCCAGCCGGGCAGAAAGGGGAGACUAUCUUGAUAGAAGGGAGUCCUGGGAAGCGUGGUGACCCUGGUCAGCCAGGUCCUCCUGGAAAUCCUGGCCUCCCUGGGUUGUCUGUUACAGGGAUUCCUGGACUAACAGGAGACAAAGGAAUUCCAGGUCCACAUGGCAUCCCUGGCCAAAGAGGGUCACCUGGAAGAGAAGGGGCAUGUCUUCCUGGGUAUAAAGGAGACCCUGGCGAACCUGGAUAUCCUGGGAGGAAAGGCUACCCUGGCCCACCUGGUCCUCCAGGUACAGCAGUGCCUGGGUUAAAAGGAGACAGAGGGGACCCAGGUCUUCCAGGAAGCCAGGGUAAUCCAGGGGAACCAGGAAAUCCAGGCCCACAAGGACCAGCUGGUGCAAUAGGCAGACCUGGAGUCCCAGGGCUAAGGGGUGACCCAGGUCCUCCAGGAUUCCCAGGACCCGCUGGUAAAAUUGGAGAGCCUGGGUACAUCCCUGGCCCUCCUGGUCAGCCAGGGGCCCAAGGUAUUCCUGGACCACCAGGGCGUAAAGGUGAGGCAACAUUUAGAAAAGUGAUACAUGAACCAGGAGCUCAAGGCUCUCCUGGUGCUCCUGGCACAUGCGGACCUCCAGGAAGAACUGGUCCACCAGGACCACCAGGCCCACCAGGCCAGCGUGGUAUCAAAGGAAUGCAGGGUUUCAGCCCACCUGGUCUGCCUGGAUUUACAGGCUACAAAGGAAAUAAAGGAAGAGCAGGGCUGCCAGGUCCCGAUGGCAGACCUGGAACUCCAGGUCGUAAGGGUCCUGCAGGUUUGCCCGGCAGAACCGGUCCAAGUUAUGCUGACAGUUUCCUGAUAGUCAGGCACAGUCAGAGCAUCCACCCCCCCGAAUGUCCUCGUGGCACUAGCUUCAUCUACAGUGGUUACUCUUUCCUCUUCAUCAAUGGAUAUAAAAGAACUCAUGGGCAGGACCUUGGCACCAUGGGGAGCUGUCUGCCUCGUUUCUCUACAAUGCCUUUCCUGUUCUGUGACACUGAAAAUGCCUGCCGCUAUGCUUCUCGUAAUGACUAUUCAUACUGGUUGUCCACUGACACUCCCAUGCCUAUGAACAUGGUUUCCAUAUCAGGAGAAAUGCUGAAAUCCUACAUUAGCAGGUGCUCAGUGUGCGAAACCACCUCCAAUGUCAUAGCCAUCCACAGUCAGAGGACUCUCAUACCUGAAUGUCCUAGAGGUUGGGAAUCACUGUGGACUGGGUACUCUUUCAUCAUGCAAACAGGUGCUGGAGCAGAGGGAUCCUCGCAGCCCCUGAUUUCUCCUGGCUCGUGUCUGGAAAAUUUCCGCCAAGUGCCCUUUAUAGAGUGUCACGGCAGGGGGACGUGUAACUACUAUCCUGAUUCCUAUAGCUACUGGCUGGCCUCCCUCGACCCCAACAACAUGUUCGGUAAACCCAUACCUCAGACAGUGAAGGGACCUUUCCUAGAAAGCAUCAUCAGCCGCUGCCGAGUCUGCAGAAAACCAGGGCAUCAAAGUGAAGGGUCAAGGUGA